AUGGCUGACUUUGAAGAGUACAAACGCCGAGUCGAGGCUCAAGAUCCCUUUGCCACCUUUGUCAAUUUCCGAGACCUCUCCGUCUUGGACACCCGCAUCAAACCUCAUCGUUUCUAUCGCAGCGCCACCCCCAGCACGCUCACCUCGGAAGACGUUGUGGUGCUGCUCGAGCAACUGGGCGUCAAAACCAUCAUCGACUUGCGUGAUCGCAGCGAGGCCGAACAUGACCCCGGAGACCGCCUCGUCCAGCAUUGCUUCGGCAUUGCGCCCCAAGCUCACGAGGUUAUCGUGGACCGCCUCGAGGCCUUGGACGACCCCCAGACUUUCCAAGCUCAUCUCGAGGGCCUAGAGGUGGCGCCCAUGGACAAGCCGCAUGAGCACCAUCAUCAUCUGCCCCACCUGCGUCACCUGCGUCACCUUCGCCAUGGCUCCAAGUCCCACGGACACGAGGAUGUCGAGUCCAGUGCCGACCCCUCAGGCCCUGUAUUGGACCAAGAGACGCCCGCGGAGCAGGCACGCGUGGUCCGUGCCACAUAUCACCACACACCCGAGGCCCGACAGCCCAUCGAAGAGCUGGCCCACGGUGACUGGGCUGCCUCACGUGAGUCUUCUCCUUCUUCCCCUACCGACAGUCCAGAUGACAUUGAAGAAGUUGACCUCCAGCUGUGCCACGAUCUGGAUGAACGCACGCGUGCAGAGUCACCGCAGCAGGUGCACAACGAAGCCAUGCGAGUACAAAACGAGUUUGGCACCAAGGCUCGUCUCAAAUACUUUUUGCCGCUCGCCGAGCGCUCGGUCAUGACCCGAGCCCUGCUUUCCGAAGUGACGUGGUAUGAUAAGCUUUACGUUGGCGCUAAGUAUACCUUGGGCCUUGCCGUCAAUUCGGAAUACAAGGAAGAGGCCAAGAAUCACAUGAUCACCAAGUUCAACGACAUGGGCCUCAUCGGUCUUAAUCGCAUCAUUCUCAAAUAUUCGCGCCACAUGCUCUGCCGAGGCCUGAAAAUUGUGGCCACGCAAGCCCACCAUCCCGUGUUGGUCCACUGCUUUCACGGAAAGGAUCGGACCGGUCUGCUAGUGGCACUCGUGCUUUCCAUUUUGAAAGUGCCUCGCGAGAGCAUUAUCAUGGAUUACCAUUAUUCCGAGCGUUUUGGCUCCAGUGAGCAAGGGCGCGCUCACUUUGCCAAGGUGCCCCAGCUGAAUGCGGAUACGUGGUGUCUUGCUCCCACUGAGGUCAUGCGGCAGACGCUUGACCACCUGGACCAGGAGUACGAUGGCAUCGAGGCGUACUGUGAUAAAAUUGGCUUUAAUGACCACUGGCGAGCCCGCCUGCGCAGCGCUCUCUGCGAUGAGUAG